AUGUCGAACAGCCUGACGAGACUCAUUGACUCGAUGGCAUCGUUGGGACAGAAUGACGAGUGGUGCUACGCCUUCCCACAAUGGCUGCACGUGUCGUAUUGGACUGGCAACUCGGACGAAGCUUUGUGUUACGCGGGCAUCGCGCUGUCCGUGUCGAACAAUGUGGCUAAAGAUAGUAGCGACGACUUCACCAUGCGAUGCCGCAUGUACGACUUGCAGAUGAGAAGUCUCCCCGAAACGAAUGGGAUCGAGACUGCCCCCUUGCUAAUGGAUCCAAACUUUCUAUCGAGCAUCCAAGACCUGGGAUCUUCGUGGAAAGCUCGGCAUAAUGGCAUCGAUGAGGUUGUGUACAUUCCGAAUCGGCACGUCCGCGAUUCAUUGUUCGAUCAUGUGCACGGCUUCCAGAAGUUUGAGCCGGAUAGGCUGGUCGAUCCCGGGGAGACAACAAUCUAG